AAUUGAGAGAGUUAAGAGCACAAAGUAGAAGUUUUGUCUAAGGAAGAAGAAAUAAGCAGCAGUUUGAAGGCUCUCUCCCUCCUUACUGCGACGAUGUUGAAAGUUAGUCGGCUUCUGCACCCCAGGAAUCAGUUGUUGCAUAAAAAAUUGCCUGGAGAGUGUGUCAAAGGUUCUAUCUGGCAGCAUGCCAUCAACACUUUUGCGGGCUUUUCUACUGUUCGACAGAAUGUUGUGGCUGAUGCAGGAAAACGGGAAGGUCGAGUGUUUGCUCCCUACUCAGUAUUUAAAGGCAAAGCAGCACUUUCUGCUGAACCUAGGCUGCCCACAUUUAAUAGACUGGAUUCUGGAGGUGUUAAACUCAAUCGCCGAGGUGUCAUUAUGUUGACAUUCUGGCCAUCUGUUGGUGAGCGCAAAUAUGACUGGGAAAAGAGGCAGAUGACUCAACAUAUUGCAGUUGUUUGCUUAUCAGCAACAGAGGUUGGAUCAUUGAUAAGUAUGGGGACCAGAGAUUCUUCUGAAUUCUUUCAUGAUCCUUCAAUGCUGUCUAGUAAUGCUGGUCAAGUUAGAAAGAGUUUGUCAAUUAAGCCAAAUGCUGAUGGCAGUGGUUAUUUCAUUUCAUUGAGUGUUGUCAACAAUAAUCUCAAAACCAAUGAUCGUUUUACUGUUCCUGUCACUACUGCCGAAUUUGCUGUUAUGCGAACAGCUUUCAGUUUUGCGUUGCCUCACAUCAUGGGAUGGGAUCGCUUCACUAAUCGGCCUUCAGAAAGCAUCUCUCAAAGUCCCUCAAAGGUGGUUCCACAACUAAUGGAGGCGGAGUGGGAUAGAUGAGAGUUUGUGUUUAUUGUGUAGUAAUCUCAUUGUAGCAUGAACUAUGUUCUCUUUUGGUUGUGAAAGGAACUUGCUUGCCUAGUUAAAUUUUUGUCCAGGUGCAAUGUAAACUUAGAAGCUAUCUGGUUCUCUUGCAUCACAGGUUGAUUUUGUCGUAUUGCUCUAAACUUCAAAAAUGUAUUUUCGGAUUUGAAGCUUCAGAGAGUAUAUGUUAUGUAGUGUUGAUCAAUCAAUUAUAUUCUGUUAAAAUGGAGCAAGUAAUGUCUCAAGUUA